AAGCCGAUUUUAAGGAUAUAUCUUUGCUUUAUAUCGGAUUAACAUCAAAGACUAUACAAAAUGACUGAACAAGAAUACGACAAAGAACAACUGAGAAUCUUGCGUAACGCCUUCAAAGCAUUCGAUCACGAUGACAAAGGUUUCAUCGAACACGCUGAUGUCCAUCAAAUCCUUGAAAUUCUCGGCCAAAAACUAGAUGAAAAGGCGGUAAAGGCCCUGAUCAAAGAGGUCGAUAAGGGCAACACCGGCAAAUUGGAUUUCAGUAAAUUUUGUAAAUUGGCUGCCCGUUUCGUUGAGGUUGAAGAAGAUGGUCCCGUGCUAAUGGGCGAGCUGAAGGAAGCCUUCCGUGUCUACGACAAGGAGGGUAAAGGCUAUUUGACAGUACAAACAUUGCGUGGCAUUCUGCAUGAAUUGGAUGAUAAGUUGUCGAAUCAGGAUUUGGAUAUGAUUAUUGAGGAAAUUGAUGCUGAUGGUUCGGGUACUGUAGAUUUUGAUGAAUUCAUGCAAGUGAUGACAGGUAAAAAUUUGCAUGACAUUUUUGUGCAUCAGCGCUUCACGUUUCCGCCGCCUCCCCAUCCCCCUGCUGUUCCCCUUCCCACAAGUCGCUGUCCAUGUCCCUCACAUCGCCAGCUUUUACAUCGCCGCUUAGAAAUGCAAUGUCAAAGAGUUCUGCAACAGCUGUGGCAACCCCUGAGUAACCUGCAUGAACGUUGUGUUCAACAUUAUGUUUGGCAUGUCCAACAACCUGUUUCGGCAUACCGACCAUCCACAUACAAAGAAACAACAACUGUGACCACAACAAAUACUUUAUCAUCAUCAUCCAAGACGUCGUCAUCGACUACUUCGUCGUCUUCGUCAUCAUCCUGUUCCAGUGUCUCAUUUUGUCGUCCACGUUUUCGUCCCCGCUUCCCUAAAUGGGUACCCAUUUUAACGCUGUAUCGUGAAAUUAUACAAAAUCCCUUUCGUCGUCGUCAUCGUUGUCGUUAUAUGAUAUCGUAUAAGUAA